AUGCUUCAGACGGCACCUCGAGACCGGAUUAGUACGGACGAUCUGUGCAAGGAGCUCGCAUUACUUUUGACGGCCGCUACUGAAGGAAUCAGCCAUCUCCAGACAAACUCUAAAGACACAGAUGGCGCAGUGUUGAGGGCACUUCUCAAAGCGGAAGAUGUUGCGCAGGUUCAAAAGUCUUCUGAGAAGUCCAGUCACCCUCUUCAACAGCGAAUAGACGUCACUGGCGAUGCAACGCCGCUUGAUCCACCCGAAAGAGCGUCCGUGCGGUUCAGAAAGGAAGAAAAUCGAAAAAGCAGGCGCUUGGGUCAGACGCUAUACAGGCGGGAAAUACUGCAAAGCGAGCUGGGGUACGCAACUUCGAACAUCGUCGAGAAGAGCGAAGUUUUCGUCAAGGGCGAUCAUGGAGGUGCUACGACUGAGAGUCCUUUACAAGAAGAUUCUUUGUCAAGCUUUCAUACCAGCUCAAGUAUCUCGAACGGGAAGUCUGCGGAUUUUGGUAGUUUGGGCAUCCGGCAAGGUACCAACAAGGACCGAUCGCCGAUAUCACCUUACACGUUGCCGGGUCUACCUAUCAGAAUGAACGUUGAAUCCGUUCACGAGAUGCCUUUGGUAUCCAGCCCUGAGAUCAAGGUCACUGAACAUCCCGGAUCCGAUGCGGUUAGCCCGCACCAAAUCACUCCCCCUGGAGGUCUGCGGAUAUCGGAGGCGCUUACACAGUUUGAUCAUGAGCAAUAUGCUCACGGUCUUACUGCAGGAGUUCAACCCAUCCCAUCAAGUGUCUAUGAUCUACCAUACGACAUUUGUCAUCAGCGACACCAUCUGGAACAUGGAACACGGAAAGGUGUAUUCGCUAAGUUCAAAACAAAACUUGGUCGAGAGGACAGAAAGCCAGACUCGGAUCUUGCAAAAACAUUCGAUGCUUCACGCGAUCUGGUAUUGGUCAUCGACAACGGUGCGUCAAUGUUCCAUCAUUGGUCGAUUGUGACGUUCGUAGCAGAGACUCUUGCCAAGAAAGCUGCAGGAUUGGACAAAGACGGUAUCGACGUAUACUUUACGGUGGCCGGCGACGAGUACAAUCAAAAAGAUCUAGUCGGCGAAAGCGGAAGACAGCAAUUGCAAACCGCUCUGUCAAACGCCACGCCAGACCAUGUGGAUCGCGAAGGUUGCCAGACGGAUAUGUGCGAUGCUUUUUCCAAAAUCUCCCACAAUUGGAAGGAGAAAGGCAAGCCCGCAACCACCCUCCUCGUGCUUACCGAUGGUAUUUGGAAGGAGACCAACGAUGUUCUGUUCGACCAGGCCGUGAUUAAAGUCGCUGAGGAUCCUAUUGCAGCCACAACCAAGCAAACGGGUAAACGCUUGUUCAGCAUUCAGUUCAUCCGGUUUGGCGAGGAAGGGUACGAACGACUACGCUCGCUCGACGACGAUCUCUGCAAGAAACAUGUCGGUAGAGACAUUGUAGAUCAUUGUUCCUGGCGCACUAGUGGAACAAAGAUGUUUAAAGGCAGCAUCGAAGGAUACCACGAUCUAGACGACGCGGAUGAGCAGGACAUGAAUUACCACUACACGGAGCUAGUCGGGUUGUUCAAGAGAUACAACGAGUCAAACAACGCGGCUGAAUCUAGCGCACACUUAUCGCCUCAAUCGCCAACGCCAUCAUCCCUUAAGCGCUCCUGGAGCCGAUCGUCAACCUCUUCCGAUCGCGAGAAGCAUCAGUCAGCACCAGCGACAUUACUCCGCAAGAACAGCUCGCAUCGUAGACCAUUCUCACAGUGA